AUGGGAGUCCAUCAGGGUGUGUUGUUCCGUGUUUCUGCGGAGAUUGACAAUGCGCUACCCGCAUUUGUCAAAAAUGUAAGAGAUACGGAAUACAAUGAAGUAUUCGAACUCAUUAAAACAAGUUGGGAAUCCUCUGAUUGGGUAGGAUUAUUCAGCCAUGGCGAUCAGUUGUGCCAUUAUGCUCUUAAUGAGAAGUAUCUCUUGGACACAUCCAAUCUGGAUCGACUAAUGACCUUAUGUCGGAGGUUAUGGCUAUUGGCUGCUCAUGAAGUCUUUACCGAAGAUUAUUCACAAAAUGUGACUCUGUAUACACAAGAAUUGGUAGAAGACCUGAAACAUGUUGUUAAAUCGCAUGACAAAAUUACAUUGCAAAACAGGAUCAGGUCGCUACAAAUAUUGAUAUCGGUGCUUCAAGCUUUGAGGCAGACUUUACCAUCAGUAUGGGAAGUAAACAGUUAUGCCAGCCAUAAAGCAUUGGAUAACAGACUUAACUUCAUAACCAUGGAUAUGCUGGUACAGCUUUUCAACAAAUAUAUGGUGGAAUCGCCCGUAGGAAUGAGCUCACAUAGACGUAAAUCUUGGAUGGGGACUUUAGUUCGGCUCACCGCACUAAUGCGUCAUAUAUGGGUAUUCCGUGAAGAUAUUGGACUUACUCUAGUGAAACGCGUACUAGGUGAUGUCAGCGAUAUCGACUUGAGGAAUAACGAUAUUUUUUUCAAAUUCAGGUUGAUAUUGAUCAUGUGCCCUAAUGCGGCAUUAUAUAGGCUUAUGGUAGACGGUGAGAUCUUUAAAUGGUGGAAUUUGGUCAACGAAGGCACGGUUAACUUUUGGAAUGCAAUGAUGCUAUGUUUCCUCGUGAGGGCGGCCAAAUUCGGAUGGGCUACCGGGAAGACGUAUAUCGUGGAAAACAUCACUGUUAGAUUGCCAUACCUCUUUCACCUAAUCUAUUCAACUUUCGGAAUUCCAAAUAUAGUCACAGUAUCUAGGUGUAAAGAGUCGGUACCAGGAGAAUUCACAGUACUGUUGGAAAAACCAUUACAGAUAUGCAAAAAGUUUGGGAAACUGUUAGCAUACCUAUUGUGUCCAAUCGGCAAUGAAACCGAUGCAGGUGCUACCUUCGCAUCGGAUAUUAUGGAUUAUUUGACCGCCGUGGUUAGUGCAGUAUACCCUUACACCCAUCCCUCCAACGGUGGAAAAUGGUCAUACAAUAUAGCGUUAUUCGUAAGACAAUUUGUAUUGUCGUACACUCGCAGAGUGUGCCGCGAAAGGGCAUCGCCAAAUGUUGUAUGUUCUAAAACCGGUAGUACGGAGAGUGGAGUGAACCUGCGUCUAAAUCGUGCCAACGACGAUGCUAUUGUGGAACUCUUCUAUCCUUUGGCGUUACAAGGGAUGUACUCUAAAAAUAUGCAUGUCGCUUACGCAUAUGAAGAUGUCAUCAAGAGGUUGUGCUACCUACUACCUGACAAGACCUUGGUAGGACUCCUAGAUCACCUCAUACUAUCAAGCGAAAGUGUCACAGAACCUCACCAAAUGUUGUGUGCACUACGCUUAUUUGCACAGCUAAUCCCUUUGAUUUUAACAUAUUCGCCACAGGCACUGAUACCUAUACUAGAGAUUGCGCUAAAGGGUAUCGAUUCGUCAGAUCCCUUCAAAACUGGUCAAACUCUGACACUCGUCAAUGUCAUAUUCUCACACCUGGCAUGCCGCGACCUGAGCGACAUUGAACUAUCACAUCAAGAUAAGGUGGAACUUAUACGAUCGAUGUAUAUGAGCGGUGAAGGUGAAACUGGCGACGUAGAAACAUCACUGGACCAAUUAGCUUUGGAUAACAACCUUGUAGAUGUGAGAAGUGCUAUGCUACACAUCUCUGGUGAGAUGGUAAUGCCUGAUAAUCCUGAGGAUACAUAUUCACGUGAUAUGGUAGUUUUAAAGACUGCAAAAAAAUUGGAUGACGCGGUUACCGCAUUGGAUGCAUUACUUAAUCAGCGCCGAUAUAUUACACAAACAUUUUCAUGCUGGUGCCUGGAUUGGUUCCGUGCCAUGUUACAAUUGGCAGAGAAUUCCUCUAAACCCAAUUCUGGUACGGAUUCUCUCAUGAAUGCCGUUGAUAUGGGAACGUUCAUAUUGACACGCUCAGCUUUGGUCACUAUACUGUCGCAAACUGAUGAUUACACCUUUCGCACUAUCUGCGAAACAUUUGUCCAAUGGGUCUGCGAUAACGCAUUCCGCCAAGAUGCACUCAAAUACAUGGUAGCCAUAGCAACGAGUCUCAGUUACGCUAAUGGUUCGAUUACUAUGGACCUCGUAUUUGCUAAACUGUUUGCAAAAUUCAAACGGGGUGUUGAAAAUUCAAGUGACGGUUUGAGUGAGACACAAAUUGUAUGGUUUAUAUCAUGUUUUUCUGGUUUAGUAAGGCGAGCAAAGAUUGAUCUGGUAUCACGUUUACCGAGUUUACGUUAUAUUUUCAAAGUGGGUCUUGGACACAAGUCGAAAUCUGCGUUCAAGAGUACCGCUAAACUGUUGCAAAGGUGUAUUGACAGCUUGACCGGUGUCUAUUUUACUGACUUGCACUGUUCAAACAAUUUCAAAGAUGAUUUGAAUCCCGGUCUCUUGCUUUGGGACUUACCAUGGUUUGCAAGAGAUGCACAAUUUCGAAAUGGGAAAUGUGAUAUUAGUGUGAUAAGUGGUGUGGAAUGGCAUAUAGCGUCUAAACAGGAGAUCGACUGCGCAAUGGAGCUGUGUUGGUAUUCCAUGCAAAUGAUAACCAAUUUGACUAAGGACCUCAUUGAUAUAUCAUAUCCCGUUAAACCUGAGGGUGCUACGGAUCUUGAUGUCGAGAUUGACUUGACUCAGACACUGUAUGUCCGAACAAAUCGCGCUUGCAGUUUGGCAAAGAGUAUGUUACGUGGCCUCAAAAACUUUAUCGUCGAUGACCGUGAUAUAAGUGCAACAGGGUUACCCAAAGUCACCCCUAUCGAAUGCACUGAAACCCAUCGUCUACAACAGUUUGUUUUAGACUUCAUCCUCUCAGUAUUAUCGAAAUAUGGAGGUAUCGAUUCUAUCAACGAUCUUAUGGUAACAAAGCUAUUCGCAAAGCUUUUGAAGGUGGCGGAUGAAUAUCUGUGUCGUCAUGCAAUUUUAAGAGAUAAUAACUCGAUACUCGAUAGCGGUUCUUUAGUAGGUUCGAUGAAACAGGAGUCACACGUAGGCACUACUAUCACUGCCGGAAGAUCGAUGUUACCUUGGAUGUCGUUUUAUCACGGUAUCCACAGCAAAGGGUUCUGGCAGGAUGCACCUCGUGCAACAUGGCUUUUGAUGUUACACGAGCGAUACAAUGAGCGUUUGAAUCUCCGCAAAUUAGGUCAUUAUUGCGAAGGUCCACGUCGUCAACUGUUGAAUAUGGUAUUACAAUGUGCAAUAUGUCAAUACAAGGAUGUGUCUGGAUAUGCACAACAGUUGAUAAAGCCUUUGACAUCUGUGCACCGUAAGCUGAGGAGCGAUGUGUGCGACUAUUUGCUAGAGCGUGGUAUGGAAAUAUACCCCAAAUCUGCUGAUGGGUCCAGCAGUGUCCUCGAAUGUCUAUCAUGCAUUCCAGAUAUUUUAUCCAUACCGCUUGUUAAACAUAUUGUCAACAAACCAUAUCUGUUCAGCAAGUUUUGCAAGUUCAUUUUUGGAGUUGUGCUGACCACUCCUAACAAGGACUCGUUGAUGAGCAAGUACGACAACCUGUUGUUAUCUCUAAUCAAUUGUCGCGAGCAACUUUCUCCAACUGCCGCCACAACUGAGACCAUGAACUCCACUUUGGAUUCUGUUUUUGAUGAUGGAUUAAAACAGGUACAGGCUGCUACACAUUGGCGGUUCCAACUUUAUGCAACGUCACUUCUUGUAACUUUCAGGCACUUGAUCCCACGUGAAAGUUUCGGAAGAUACAUUUCAUGGCUGAUAGAAGUAAGUAACCAUACUACUAAGCAUCCAUGUGUGGUUACGGUGGCACUUUCGGGUCUCUACCGUUUAUUAAGUGAUUCGGUUGUAUCUACAGAUCUCCCAUCUGAAUUGUGGUCUCCAAAUUUCGCCAACAUCUUGCUGAAUUCGAUUUGCGCGGUUAACCAUGAUUCUAUCAAGCAGGACAAUUCAUCAACAGUGAAGCAAUCGAAUGCUAUUGUUACAAGUGUUAUCAAAUUGGAGCGAUCAUGGCCACGUAACCGUGUAAGUUCUAACUCUAAAGCCUUUUCUAUGCAAAACUUCUUGGUGGCUUACCAUUACUUCUGCCGUGUCUUUGAUGGUGGUUAUAUGGAGGUUGUCGAGCGAGCUGUGUCAGUAUUGGACGAGAUAGCUUCAAGUCCACCAACUGUCUCCGAGAACCAUUGUGCCUUCGCUGAGAUAUCAGCUGGAUUGAUGAAAGCAUCGUUACGUGCACCCAGUCCACUUCGUGAGCAUUUUUGGCGGAUCUUCCAUCCUGUAUUUAAACGUGAGUUAGAUGCUUUAGUACCGGAUCGUAUUGUCGACUUUAUGGAUGGGUUACGUUUGGCUAUAGACGGGUCUGAUUUUUCAUGUGAAGGUUGCAUACCUAUUUUCAAUCUUGCUAUUAACUUCGGAGCGCCCCUUAGCAUGACCGCUUUACAUUCAUGCGAUUUGAUCAACGGCAAUAACACGAGCCUUGGUGUGGUAAAACAGCUUAAAUUGUAUCAGGCUGUGCUUCAACAGGUAACUACACUUAACCAUCAUCUGUUUGAUAAGCUUUGUGACGGUAUUUUGAACGAAUCUACAAUAUUUAACGAUUCUUUACAAGUAGUUGACGAGGUGGGAUACCUAUGUUCAUUUUUAGUCUCUCUCUGUUGCACUUACAACGAAUUAGGCGGUUUCAAGGAUCGUGUUCACAAUUGUAUUUCAAAAUUGAUUGCCAGUGUCGAGGGAAAAGAUUAUCAAGAUGAUACGGCUGAAUUAUCAAUUAAAGGGUUAUUAUCUGUGAUUGGGUUGUUAUAUUCCAUGUCGUUACCGGCACAGGACCUAGGUCACCAGUAUACAUCUCAAUAUUUGGAAUUUUGCUUAAGGUUUAGUGCCAGUUCCAACCCUACGAUAAGCGAUGUGGCGACACGUGCUGUUCACAACAUCGCAAUGUCUCCAUAUCAUUCUAGGAACAACUUGACUACAGUGGAGGCUAUAGUGCGUACCCUGGAGACUACAUGCAAGGCACAAUUGAACAAGACAAAGGCAAAUUCUAUCCAGGUUGCUACGAUGUUACAGCGUAAUUUGUGUAUGUACCUACGUAACACGGGUGUGGUAAAGAUGCUACUUGAGAUGUAUAUCGCUGCGCUUAACGACCGUCAGGUUCGUGAUAAUGCGCGCAGCGCAUUAACUUCAAUCACCAUAUCUGCCCGAGACCAGGUACACCUCGAAUUGACAGAACGGUUCUACGCCCUGACUAAAGACAAGAAUGGCGACCUUGCUAAUGCAGGUGUACUGGGUCUAGCAGCCUUGGUGGCAACUUCACCUUACCAUGUGCCCAAAUGGUUACCUCAUACCUUGACUACAUUGGUAAGUUUCCAAAUGUUCUACACGAUCUCAACAAUACUACAGGCCAGUUGCGGCGCAUCACGUUUCCCGGAUACCGUGAGGGUAGGUGAUGUUGAUAUUGAAUUUUGA